UUUUGUUUUUUUAAAGAAGUUCAUGCGUAGUAAAAGGUAGAAAAUAAGAUUACAUACCCAUGAUGAGUCUCCUCCCCCACACUUAGUUCAUGCACUGUCCCUAGUGCCCAAUUUCGGCUUUUGUUGUUUGUGGAGUAGGGUGAUUUUGAUUUUUGGUGGGUUGUGGGUGUUUUGGUGGGGAAAUGAUGGAGAUAUGGUAGAGAGAAGGUAGAAAAAUGGAGUUUUGGGGAGAAGGGAUCGAGUAUGUCUGGAAAAUCAAAACCACGAGCAGCCUGUCUCCUAUACCCUAUCGAGUAUCUAUCAAUACUCGGUCGAGUAUCACUGGAAAAGCCAUAUUCACACCCCCUGUCUCCAGUACCCGAUCGGGUAUAGAGAGGCACCCGAUCGGAUAUACCUGCGAUUUAACCCCAAAACACACCCCAAAACACUUCAUCUUCUCCAAACACCCAUACCAACCUCGACCCCUUCUCCCCAAAACUCCAUUUUUUCUACCUUCCCUCUACCAUAUCUCCAUUAUUUCUCCACCAAAACACCCACAACCCACCAAAAAGCAAAAUCACCUUACUCCACAAACAACAAAAGCCGAAAUUGGGCACUAGGGACAGUGCUUGAACUAAGUGUGUGGGAGGAGACUCAUCAUGAGUAUGUAAUCUUAUUUUCUACCUUUUACUACGCAUGAACUUCUUUAAAAAAAAAAAAAAAAAAAAUAAAAAAUAAAAAAAAAAAAGAAAAAAAAAAAAAAAAAAAAGAAAAAAAAAAUAAAAAAAAAAAAAAAAAAAAAAAAAAAAGAAAAAAAAAAAAAAAGAAAAGAAAAAAAAAAAAAAAGAAAAAAAAAAAAAAAAAAAAAAAAAAAGAAAAAAAAAAAAAAAAAAAAAAAAAAAAAAAUCAAAGUAAAAUUGAC